AUGGACCCAUCAACCCAAACAACGAGAAGGACAGCGGUCCUGAAAUGGACCGACUACCUCCUAAACGACCUCGACCCAUCUGACGAAGGCUGGGAGAUGUCCAUGGUCCUCAAGGAAUUAGCCAAGCAGUACGAGGCAUAUGAUGACCAGACUCCCCAUCCCUUUGGAUUUGGCGACGGCUACAACAUCAGCAACGCGGCGAAUGUCAACGCGGGCAUUGUCAAUGUCAACAGUGCCGACCUGGUCAGGGUUGAUAACGCUGGUAACGCCAACAAUACCACCGCCAACAACAAGAAACGUCCCGCCGAAGCCAUGGACCAGAGCGACAACAACAACAACAACAACAACAACAACAACAACAACAACAACAACAACAACAACAACAACAACAACAACAACAACAACAACAACAACAACAACAACAACAACAACAACAACAACAACAAUUAUGAAGCUUUAUACCCCAACAAGCGCGUCAUGACCACCCACCAGAACUAUCCGGCACUUCCGCCCGGGACCAUCUUCAAGAUCGAUACCCAAAGCGCCUACAAGGUCAGCGUCACUGAAGGCGAAACUCCCACCUUCAAGUUCAAGUUGAGCGGUCCUGCUAGGGUUCAGGUCAGGCUGGAUCGUGGAGGUGUUGCUGCUGGUGGUAUGGCUGCUGGUGGUUCUGGUGCUGGUCUUCCUGGUGCUGUCGGUGGUGCUGGUGCUGUUGUCGCUGCUCGCGGUACUCCCGGUGUUCCUGGUUCUGCUGCUCCUUUCUACACUUUCGCUGCACCUAAUAACAUCGCUGAUCGGGCUCCCGAUGUUGUUGCUCAAGCUCCUGGUACCGGUGUUCCUGUUUCUGUCGCUGCUCUCGGACCUCAUGUUACCAACACUCUUGGUACUGCCACUACUCGGGCUCCUGCUCCCGAUCCCCCGGCCGCUCCCAAAGCUCUCGCUACUAGCGGUACCAUUGCUGGCCCCGGUAAUGUCGUCCCUGCUGCCCCUGACCCCGCUCCCGCUGUUGUUGCUUUUGCUACUCGCGCUUCUCUUGCUACUUCUGGAGGCGUUGAUAACGCAAAUUCGUCAGCUACGGGCUGGGAAGGGAUGGGCUUUGAAAGCAUGGGCUUCGAAGAGUGGUCUUCGAGUUCCUCGAUGUCAUCUAAUACCGAAACGGAUAGUAAUAUUGCUUGA